AUGCUCGCUGCGGCUAGCUCGAUGAGCCGUUUCGUCCCCUCUUCCCAGAUUUUCGGGGUCGAUGGGGUCUCCAGGCCCUUCGUCUCUACGGCCGCCAUGAACCCAUCUCCUCGAUGCUGGAGUCUCCGGAGGAGGCCACUCUCUUCUACCUUCAGAGCUCCCUCGUCUGCGACUCCCCCUGGAAUUGUGUCAUCGGCCAGCGGCGUCGAGGAAGAUGAGGCUGUCAGGGAGGAUCCCAAGUCCAGCGAUGAAACCCGCCAGCUUCGGGUACAGUCUUUCCCAGCAUUCUUGGGCCAUCCGUAGAGAUUCUUUCCAAUUCCAGGCUCCGGGUUUUGUCGAGCGAUGUCUUCCAUCCCUCCUGCUCUGGGGGGCAGUGUUUUCCAGACAAAUUUCAUCAACAAUGCUUUCAGUGCUCUCUGAGAAGAAGAUGGCUGGAAGCUGUGCACAGAAGCCACUAUAUAAUGCGUUCUAAAUUACUAGCGGUUAAUUGGUAGGGUCUGGGGACUUGUUCAGAUUAUAAAGAAGAGCGAUUUCAGCCUAAGAUUAUACCCUUAGUGCAUGAAACAUCUGGGAUAAAUCCUUUUGAUCAUGAGUGCCGAUGGUCCAGUAAACUUGUUCCUUCACAGUGUAGAUGAUUACUCAAGCAUGCAAUACACUUUUAUUACGAAUUUAUAGACGUAUAAAUCGUGAAGAGGUGAUCCACAGCUGUUUGCAUUUCUUUUCCAUUUGUCGAGCACUGCAGAGUUUAGAGACCUGUUCUCUUUGAGGAUGGUAUAUUUUGCAUAUCUUUAAGCGUUCUUGCUAACUGUGAUGCACAUAAAAUCUGGAAGACAUAGAACAAUGCAUACUCAAAAUGUGUUAUUUAUAUAUAGCUACGAAAGAUGUCAUGUCUUGAGAAUUUUAUAUCUCACAAUUUCGUCUUCUAUGAGAUUUCGGUGCAUUAUCUUGGGUUCUACUUCCACGCUGUGACUUUCUCUUGCUCAAAUUUUUAAAAAAACUGAUGUACAUGUACAUUUAACAAAGAUGCAGUUACAUCUUUGUGUCACGCAGUACAUCUUGAUGCCUGAUCGUUCACAUUAUAUUAGCUACAUGAUGGAGCUCUGAUGCUUCUCCUUCUUUGGUUAUCACUCUGAUACUUGAUUUUUGUGAAGAAGUAGAGAUCUGCUGACUGGAAGGCUGCAAGGGCGUAUAAAGAGAGUGGUGUCAUUUAUGAUGGAAGGGUUGAAGGGUCCAACGCUGGGGGAUUGCUUAUUCGUUUCUAUUCUCUCGUUGGUUUCCUUCCAUACCCUCUGAUGAGCCCUUCCCCCUCGUGCAAAGGUACCCAUUAUUUAAUUCCCGUACCAUUCAUUAUUGGGAAUGCCAUUCAUCUUAUUACCUGGCAUCAUGCGAAACAGUGCUACCUAAUUCAUGUACUUAAUGAGAUUCCCUGCUUCUACGGAUGUGACAGUCUUUUUUUUUUUUAAUAAAUAUCAUUUGAAAGUUGUUGAGGCGUCCUGGAUUUCCAACUAUCGCUUUGAAGAGGUUUCCGUGUUAUGAUGGAUAUGCGAGUUAUGGACUAACCACCAAGAUUAAUUUAAGAGGGAGAUAAAUUCUUUCAACCAUAUAUGCUCAUUGAAGGCAUUUUGAAUAUGGGAUGACUUGAAAACAAUUAGAGGGCUUUCUAUGGAUUAAUAGACCCUUUAUACUUGCUUAAAAGAGAUAAUUCCAUCUCAGUAGAACGCCUCAUCCUCUCUAUAAGAUGAGUCCUUGCAUGUCCAACUUCUAAAACUGGGUGCUGGAUCAGGUUUGUUGCAGGGUAUUCCUCUUUUUCUUCAUCUCUAUGAAACCCAGUGAGUUAAUGGGGCGUGAAGAAGGGCAUUCGAAUCAGGGUUUUCUCAGAAGGCUACAAUGAUGCGUCACUUAUUGCCCAUAUAACUUGAAAAGUAGUAGUUUACAAUGCAUAAUUUGUGGACGUGAUUCAGAACCAACUUGCUAAAUAUUGACAGCUUUCACUCUUAAUAGCUUUCAUCUCUGCUGUCGUUCAACUUUAAGUUAUUUUUACAUACCUCUUAUUAUCUAUUAUUAAUUCUUUUGUCGAAACUCAUUGUUCCUUUCAUAUAUAUCACCAACAUAUAUACCGUCAUAAUUCUUUUAUGAAAAUGUCAUUCAUACUGCUAUCCUACAUCUAGAUUAUCCUUCUCUUUCUUUUGGUUGACAUUGAUGAGGAGAUAGGGGCGAAACUAGUGCAUUAUUAUAAUUCAAAGUAAAUUGGGCUAGCAUAUAGAUACCUGGUAUCUACUGCAUCUUUACUCCCUUUUUUUAUGGCAUCUAAUGUUCUAUUUUCCUUAAUUUCCUAGUUAUGAAAAUUUCUGAUGAAUUUGCAGUAACUUAUUUUUUGAUGUGUCCCGGUAGGAGUAAUUUUGAUUCUGAGUUGCUGUUGCGUCAAUCAUUUAAUAAUGUUAUAUUUGAAUCAUUAUUUCUCGUGCAGAGCCUCAAAAGCCCAUCCAGGACAUUGCAAAAGGUUUAGUUGGUUCAUACUUGUCAGUGAAGGUACUUUAUCGAUUCAUUCAUCCUUACCUUCAGCCAAAAAAAAAUCUUUCCCCAGUAGUAAAUUUAAUUUCUAAUAUAGUUUAUCUAACAAGUACUUUUUUUCUGCAAGUUCUGUGCUUAAGUCGAUUACUCUACCCACAUAGGUGCUCUGUGUUUUUAAGCUGGAAAGAUUCUAGCUGCAGUAAAAUAUUUGAAGGAUACUCUCCUGCUUUGAGAGCAAAUUGGCUGAGCAACGAAAUAGCCAAAGUUGGAUUGUUACCAACAACCUGUAGGACAAGGUGAAUAGAAGAAGUUUGGGGGGAAACUAAAACUAAAUUACCCCAAAUAUUUUUCGAGAGGAAUGGGUAGCCAAAAGUGAGGAGAGAUUUUCUCAUGUUCUGAUUCAAGUGUGAAGUAACGCCUUAAAUCAUUGAAUAUUAUCCCAAGCACGGUUUGAUUAAUCAUUGCUUGAUUUUGUCGUGCUGUCCUAAGUAAAGUUAUUUUUUUAACAACCUUUCAUGUUUCAAUGGCUGAAAUCAUGAUGUGGGCUUUUGUUGGUGUAGGUAAUUCAAGCAAAUGAGGAGGAAAAAAAGCUAAUUUUCUCAGAAAAGGAUGCUAUGUGGUUGAAAUAUUCUGGUCAAGUUAAUGUAGGGGAUAUUUUUGACGCGAGAGUGGGUUCUGUGGAGGACUAUGGCGCAUUUAUUCACCUACGUUUUCCUGAUGGUACUUUUAGUUUAUAAUAUUGUCGUUUAUAUUUAAUUUCUGGGUUCAUUUAUUCGGAAGGCAUGGAUAAGGAAUUGGACUAAUUUGUAGAUAUUCUGUAGGUUGUUACCAUCUAACUGGACUUGUACAUGUUUCGGAGGUCUCUUGGGACUUGGUUCAAGAUGUUAGAGACUUUCUGACUGAGGGCGAGGAAAUCAAGGUCAAAAUUAUUCAAAUAGAUCGGUUAGUCUGUUCACCUCGAGUUUUUUAUUAUUUUAAUUUCAUUUUAUAAAUAUUUUUAUUUUUAUACAUUUCUUGCGUAUGUAAGAGUGACUAGGGACAAUUGGUAGUUUCGAUAUUGUGGUGUUUCUUUAAUGAAAUAAAUAAAUCUCAUGAGCAGACAUCAUGCUGAUAAGCAUUAAUGCUUUCGGUUGUUGAUACAACUGGUACUGAUGGGUGCUCUGUGAAUAACGACAUGAGAAACUUACCCCCAUGAUUCAUGGAGGUCGGGCUUUAUAUGGAAACUUAUCAGGUCAAUGGCCACCAGAACAGUAGACUAUGAAAGUACUUAAGGAGUGCGGAUGACAAGGAGAAUAAGAGAAAACUGAGAAGAACUGGGAUAGAGAGGAUAGCAGAUUGUUUUACGUGUGCAGAUUCAUUGAUCUAGAGCUUACCCUCCGAGAAGAAUAUAUUUUUUUAUUAUGCAUGCAUCAAUUUCAUUAAAAUGGUGACUCAUGGAUUUUGUUUUUAUUUGUUACAUAAAUAGAGAAAAGACGAGGAUUACUCUGUCAAUCAAGCAACUGGAGGAUGAUCCUCUUCUGGAGACUCUAGAUAAAGUGAUCUCUCAGGUGCGUGAUGUGGAGCUUUUUUUUUUCUUUAAUUGUUUUUUAUUGCCUUGGUGUCAUCCUCUAUUCAGGCUUCUGUUAUAUAAUAGAAGCCAUCCUCUAAACUAUCAUAUUACACAGGAAGACCAAUUCAAUGGCGAUUCCCAAGUCAUGCCCAACGGUGCAAGUGUUGAAUCUCUCCCGGGGCUGGAGAGCAUCUGUAAGGAGCUACUACAAGAAGAAGGGUAUGAUGCAUCCUCUUUAGGUGUCUGGUUCUUUUCAUUGUCUUCUGGGGAAAGCCAGGAUCGAACAAGUCUCGUUGCUUGUUAAAUUUUUAAGUAUAUUUCAUAGGAAAGUUAUUACCUACAUAAAAUAAGAACCAAAACGGGCUUUGCCAUGGAUAUUGAGGUGUGCUAUGUUUUUAAUCAUAUCAGUUAUUAUGAAAAAAAAAAUCAUAACCACUAAGAAUGAUUGACCUUCUGCUUGAAGCUAGUUUAUCACUUCUAGAGAUUUUAAGAAACGGAAAAGCUACAGCCGACUUAAGUGGUCAAUCGUUUUAGAAGUUGACCAUUGCUAUUCCUCAUCAAUGCUAGUAACCAUGCUUUAAGUGGGGGCAUCUGGUAAGUUUUGCUUCCUGUCCAGGAUCUAUUCCCCAGAUGCUUUAUAAGCAGUGCCUUUCACCAUCAUGAGACUCACAUGCUGAGUUCUAUAAAGGUCCAAAACAUGUCUUUAAAGUUUCAUCAGAUAUUUUCCUGAUUUUUUUCAUAUUUAAAGCAAUUAACUGUCUCUGACCAGCCACCCACGAAAUGAGUCUUUCUACAAUUUCCCUGAACGGCAUGGAUAGCUUGAUAUUUCAUGAUACAUCUUACGUAAUCAAAGAAAUUGGUUAUCUUGAAUUCUUUUUUUCAUUCUUUUACUCUGAGACAACCACAUCACGAGGAUAGUUAAAUGGUUGAGUCAACGAGGGUGGGAAAUGGUGUUGAAAAACCAUUGAGUUCUGUUGACUACUCUGGUGCAGCUCACUUAUCUUCUUCGUCUGAAUCAUACCCAUUCUUCAUUGAAGAAGCAGAGCCAAUCAUGCCUGGAGCUCUUAUUUUCUCUAAACCCGUAUUUUUGUGAUUUUCUGUUGCAGCAUAUCUGACAUAAGAAUUGGACGUCAAGGCCUGGAGAAGCGUGUCGUCUCUCAAGACUUGCAGCUUUGGCUUUCAAACGUCAGAUAAAUAUUUUUCUGCAUGAAUAAUUCAUCUUUUCUUCCAUCUUGAAAAAAAGUUUUCUUCUUGACUCCUUCCGUCUUACUCCAGGUCCCCGCCAAGGAUAACCAGUUCACUCUUCUUGCUCGAUCUGGCAGACAGGUGAGCUUCUUCUUUGCUAAAGACGCACUGUAGUCAAUACUUUUUCUUACGCUUUGCAUCCUUUUUAGGGUUUGGGAGACUGAAUACAUGUGCUUGAAUCGACACAUCUCUGAUGAACGCUACAUAUCUGCUGCCUUUAUCCAUGAACAUAUUGACGCCAUUGACCAAAAAAAAAAUCCGUCUUUGAGCGUGCCCAGUCUCGAAGUCGCUGAUGAAACAUCUCUGAAAGUAGCAUAUUUGUCACAUUUCUGGAGUGAGGAGAAAAUUAAGGAAACUUGUUGACCCGGCAUUUGUGGCAUUCCAGGUCCAAGAACUGCACCUGACGACGACCCUUGACCAGGAGGGCAUCAAACGCGCUGUACAGAGAGUCUUGGGACGGGUUGAAUGA